ACACGCCGAAACUAACGUAAACAAAGUCGGUGAACCUGAAAUAAAUAUUUGGAUGUCUAAUUAAAAAUAGCAACUUAGGACUGAAAAUGAAUGUUGAAGUGGUUGGACGAAUCCGACCUCCUAUCAGAGCUGAGGGACCAGAGUCUUUGGUCGUAGAAGGUCAAAGGAUUGCUGCCAAAUCUGGAGGUCCUUUUUUAAAUCUAGCCAAUCUGCACAGAAAAGAUGCUACAAACUAUGAUGUAUACAAACACUCUGUGGAUGACCUGCUUGAUCUAUAUAUGGCAGGAUUCAAUGUGUGCUUACUUGUUAUGGGGGAGAGUGAGUCUGGAAAAACUUUUUCUAUACAAGGGGAGAGCACUCACAAGGCAGGACUUGUUCCACUGAUUCUGGACUAUCUGUUUAGUAAACUUACUGGAGAUCAGUACAUGACUGAUACCAAAGUAAGAAGAAUGAACCCUCGAGUGACAAUGUCUAUGGUUGAGGUGUACAAUGAACUAGUAAAAGAUCUGCUACAAGUCCCAGGAAGUGGCGGGGCAUACUUAGAUAUUCAUGAGACUGCAGAUAAAGGAGUACAUGUCAAGAACUGCAGCCUUGCUGUGCUGAGAGAUGCUUCUGAUGGUCAUUCUCAGUUCCGACAAGGAAUGGCACGAAGAACAGAAGCAGCAACAGAUUUUGGUCCAGCUUCCCAGCAUGCUGCCACCAUCAUCCAUAUUGACCUAGAAAUGAUGAAACCAAAAAAGUUGGUGGGAGAUAAUCCUAAACCGAACCAUUCUCGCUUCACUGUUGUCGAGUUGCCGGGAUUGGAGAAGCUGAGCGAGGAUGCGGCUCAGUUAAGACAGAGGGAGGGGCCAACUCUUAGCAAGGCUCUCAAUGGUCUGAAUUCACUGGUCAUCUCAUUGGCCAGCAACCCUUAUGCAGACCGUGUCAUAAGCUAUAGUGAUUCAAAGCUAACUCAGUUGCUGAGAGACGAGUUGGGAGGGAAUUGUAAGACGAGGGCUUUACUGAAUAUCAAGCCCCAGUCUGAUCCGAGCACGUUUAAUGCUGUUCUACAGUUUACAAUACGCCUCUCCCAAGUGAAGAACUAUCCCAUCAUCAAUGACUCCUAUGCUCAGGAGCUGAUCACUCAGUACAGAGCCAGAAUUAUUGAUCUGAAGCAGCAGGCAGGUGUAGGUCCAGCACCGAUGGCACAGAUCAGUAAUCUUAAUGACGUCAAAGAAACCAUAAGGCAACUGGAGGUUGAAAAUCUGAGACUGAAAGAUGACAAUGAGAGACUGAAGACUCGACUUGAUGGAAUGCAGAAUAAAUUUGGGAGCAUGGCUCACACCAAGACUGACUUGUCUCAACAGUUACUGAUGACCGAGGAGGAGAAACUAAAGGUGUCACAGUCCUUGGUGGAGAUGCAGAUUGAAAACAACAAAAUCAGAGAGGAAGCUGAGGCCACAAAGUUUGAAUUGACCAAUAAGAUUUUAAUGCUGGAGAAUAACUUGGUUGAGGCAGAGAAUGAGAGAGAUAAACAUCACAAAGCUGCUCGGAAUGCCAAGGAAAGAUUGCUUGAAAUGGAGAAGGACAGAAAAGACUUGGCCGACGAAUAUGUUGUCCUCAAAACAAACUAUCUGGCUCUUGUCAGAGAACAUGAAAAAGAGACCAAGAGGAAUGAUGAACUAAGUAUUGAGUUGCUCAACUUAGUGAAUGCCAAGGCUGCAUUGAUGAAGCAGAUUCAUGCCUUGUCUGACUCUGACCCAGGAAUAGGGGACCCAGAGGCUGAGGUCAGCAGGGUCAAGGCCAUUGUAAUCAAGAAUUCUUCUGGCAAAGUCAAGGCUGACGAGAUUCUGGGAACAAAGACAGACAGAUCACAAGUGGAGAACACUCUGUUUAACAAUAAGAGACGUUAUGAGAGAGACAUGGAAAGACUGAAGAAAGAGCAUGGUGAUGACAGAGUGAGAUUGGAAGCCAAAUUAAAUUCUGUCCAGAAAGAGUUACAGGAAUCCCGUAAUUUGGCGAGAGAGCGACAACGGCGAUUGGCAGAACUGAAUGCUGCUUUGAUUGUGGCUCGUGGAGAGAAGGAGCAGUUAGAACUGCAGCUGAACAGACUCCAGCACAAGGUCAAGGAUCUCGGUGAGGACUAUAGAGGGCGCCUCAUCAAAUACGUGGAGGAUAUUGCUGAAUUUGUGGAUAAGAAUAAUGCAGGACCUGAUGGUAGAAGUUCAGGUAGAAUGAGGGAUUAUGUAGAAAACAUGCACAAGGACAUAGCUCGUUCACACAAGGAGAGGGAGGAACAGCUAAGUUUGGCCGCCCAGCAGUAUAGAGAGAGCAAGCGGAGUCUACUGCAUAAAUAUGAAGAGCUGCUUAUACAUUACAGGAACUUGCGACUUCAAUGUGAAGAGAGAGGUUUGGACGACAUUGACAUGGGACCUGAUGAAACAGAGCUGAAACUGUCUGACUCGGAAAUCAACUCCUCCAACCUCCGAGAAAUCACUCGCCUCAAAGGAGAGGUCAACAAACUGAAACAGACUGUACAGAACUACAAAAAUAAGUAUGGAGUGUCAGAUGAUGAUGACUUAGCAAUGAGACCAGGAGAAAAGCCAGCAGAGACCUGGGCUACCUUACGUAAACAGUUACGAGAGUACACACUAAAUACACAAAAGGAUCUAGAGGAAGAGAGGGCCAAGCUAAUGAGUGAAAACAUAGUGCUGAAAGAACAGCUCAAAGAAAGUCAAGACUACAUAGAUCACCAUCUUGUAAGAUACAAACAAGAGAUUGUAAAGUUAAGGAAAAUGCUUGGAUAUGAUACAGAUGGUUCACCAGUUCCAGGUAUUCAGGCCUAUAGGAAGGGCAGGAGAAAGUAGGCUGCAGGAUUCAGACUCACUGACAGAAAAGGAUAGCCCCAAGGAGUAGGAUAAUACAGCCUAGUAUAGACUCGGUACUACAAUAGCCAAUGAUACAAGUCUUGCCUGUACAACCCAUUCUAGAUAACAGCAGUGCCUUCUGAACUAUUACCAGUGAAUAACAAUAGUGCUUAAUAACUGUUCAUGGUAUUUCAACAACUGUGAUAUAUUCUCUGUGAUAUGUUUAAUUACUUACUGCUUUAGUAUAUUGCUGCACCUUUUUCAUACUUAGUGAAUGUAAACAUGUACUUACUUUACAACCAUGGUGUAAACUUCUUUUGAGAUGUGUAGAGUUCUUAGUAGACAAAUUAAGUGCACAAUCCUAGUACAUAUUUCACAAUAUCUUUUCGACCUUCCAAAAAACUAAAAUUUAAGCCUGCCAAAACUUGAGACAGUUAACAUGCAGUGAUUGCAAUAUGCAAUACUAUUUGGAGGAAAAAAUAUUUUUAUCACACAUCUAUAUGUGUAAGAUGCAAUAUUUUUGUAUGAAUGCAUAAUAAAUGCCAUU